CUUUUUUUCUACUCCCGCUGCGGAAAAUGGGGCUUCUGGAACGCGGCAACGCGAGGCGAUCUCUUCGUCCCCGCGCUCGGAUCGAGAUCUCCGAUGUGGAUCCCCUCGAACUUGGCUUCAAUCUGCUGCUUCCUUCUUCUUCUCAGCCUCGCACGCUGUAAAACCGUCAAGCGAGAUGUAAAGGCAUUAAAUGAAAUCAAGGCCUCGCUUGGAUGGAGGGUGGUUUAUGCAUGGCUUGGAGAUGAUCCUUGUGGAUAUGGUGAUCUUCCCCCAUGGUCUGGUGUUACAUGUUCUCAGCAAGGAUAUUACAGGGUUGUGACAGAAUUGGAAGUGUAUGCAGUAUCAAUUGUUGGUCCUUUUCCUACCGCUGUUACAAAUCUCCUGGAUCUGACGAGGCUGGAUCUCCAUAACAACAAGUUGACAGGGCCAAUCCCUCCUCAAAUCGGGCGGCUGAAACACCUCAAGAUAUUGAACCUGAGAUGGAAUAAGCUGCAAGAUGUUCUUCCUCCUGAAAUUGGUGAACUAAAGAAACUAACGCAUGUGUACUUGAGCUUCAAUAACUUUAGAGGUGAAAUUCCUGUAGAGCUUGCAAACUUGCCAGAACUUCGUUAUCUCUAUCUCCAUGGGAACCAUUUUACUGGAAAAAUUCCUCCAGAGUUGGGAAAUCUCAAGAACCUACGACAUCUUGAUGUUGGUAACAACCGCCUCACAGGAACAUUAAGAGACCUCAUCCGCAAUGGGGACUGCUUUCCAUCCCUCCAUAACUUAUACCUGAACAAUAACCACUUGAGUGGAGGAUUGCCGGAUCAGCUUGCAAAUUUGACCAGCCUGGAAAUUUUACACCUAUCAUAUAACAAGAUGACUGGACCAGUAACUCCCAAGCUUGUCGAUAUUCCAAGAUUAACCUAUUUGUACUUGGACCACAAUGCAUUCACUGGGAGGAUCCCUGAUGGGUUAUACAAACACCCCUUCCUGAAAGAGCUGUGCAUCGAAGGUAACCAGUUCAAGCCUGGGGCAAAGCCAAAGGGUGCACAUAAGGUGCUUGAAGUCACUGAUACGGAGUUUGCCUUCUAGUGAGCUUCCCACAAUCUUUGGUUUUUUAAGGGAUUGUUCCCACUUUAUUUCCUAGAGCUCUGUUGUCCGCUGCCAAUAGUGGAUACAAUUAGCUAAUUUUUGUAGUAUAUGUUCCCAGAUAAAUCUGAUAUUAAAUACAGAACUAGAAGAUGUAUGCAACUUCUGCGGAAAAAUGGGCAAGAAUCUUGGUUAGAAACAUUAGAUAA